UUUUACUCUUGACCCCGCGGUCCGGCGUUCGGACCCUUCCUGAUCCGAAAUCCCAUGGCGCACGCAUCCAUGGUGGCCCCGAUUCCAUUCGGCGGACUGCCAAGUCGCGUCCUCGAGAAGACAACUUCGGCCCCGGCGCCGGUGAUGGAGUCGCAUUUGGAGGACUCAGCCAAGCUGGUGCGCACACGGACGCUCUCGGUGGUGUCCACUGACAGCUCGACAUCUGCCCAAUCCCCUUCCUCGACGCCAUUCAUGUCUCCGGCCUCGGUGGGUUCGACGGCCUACAUGUCGCCUGCGGUAGGAGAUGAGAAGCUCGAGCUUCAGAGGGCGCCCUCCUUCCCACCGCCCGGCUUUGCUCCGGGCCUGGUCCUGGGUGAGCUCCCGCGGAGCUCUUCGGUGCAGUCGGUGGGUCUCCAGCGCAGCAUCUCGGUGAAGGCGCCGUAUCCCCCGGGCCUAGGCUUCACGCCUCAGCACACGCCCAGCGGAGGACUCCAGCGCAAGAUCUCCUUCGGGCUCACUGACGAGCCGAAGCUGAGGCGCAUGCCGACCGACCUGGAUAUGGUGAAUGAGCAUGAGGAGGAGCGCCAGUACCACCGGGAGCUGCUGCUCUUCUUCGCCGCUGCUUGUCCCCCCGUGGAGAAACUGCCCUGGCCGCAGCCGGGGGCGCUGCGCGUGAUGGCAGGUGUGCAGCCUCCUUCUCCGCCCGCUGCGAGGAAGGCAAAAGAGCCCAAGAAGGAGACUGCAACCAACCGGCCAAGCGUCCCGGAAGAGGCACCUGAGAGCUUUCCAGCAGAGACGGCGAAGGAGACGAAGGACGCCAAGGGCAAAGGGGAUCAUUCGCAGGGCGGCGCGCAGGCGCGUCAUGCGAAGGGCAAGGGUGCCGGAGGCCAAUACUCGCAGGACUCAGGGAAGGGCGGAUGGAAGGGCUGGCCAGCAGCCAAAGGCUAUGGCUGGAAGGGUUGGAGCAAGGGCUGGCCGAGCUGGAACUGGUAUUGAUGGAUGUCUGCCGUGGGUUCGCCCGCCGCCCAAAAUGGCAUGCGCCGAGAGCGUGUGGUGGACUCCUGGUGACCUUACUGCAGGUCGGACGUUUGGUUGUGGUC